AAAGAUAAUCAAUCUGACCCACUCCUCCCAAAUCAUCCACAUUUUCAAUUUAUUAUUACCCUUCCUUUUAAAUGCAGACUUGCUUCUCUCUUGGAAUUCAUCUACUGCUCAACUCUUCCUUUCUUUCUAGCCUUUCUUCAACUUCAUAUUUGCAUUUGAAGCUCUUCCUUUCUUCACUGCUACUUGUUAUGCACUGGGCUUUCUUCAGAAUUCGUUAGUCCUGAAAAGAAAACCUACAAUGACGACGAUUUCUUCCAGUACAUUCCUGGGUGUUGCGGUUAUCUUUGGUCUUGUUUUUGCUAGUAUGUCACCCUAUGUUGAGGCACAGUCUGCGUCUCCAGCUCCUUCUCCCACUAGUGAUGGAACUUCAAUAGACCAAGGGAUUGCUUACGUGCUUAUGGUGGUGGCACUUGUGCUCACAUACCUCAUCCACCCUUUAGACUCAUCUUCCUACACCUUCUUCUAAAUCAUUGUUUACAACAAUUGAAUGAUUUAUUUAGGUCAGGCUACUUGUAAACCAAAUUGCUUUGUUGAUAAUAUCUAUUAAAAUCGCUUUCUUUUUCUGGGUGAUGGGUUUAUUAAUAA